UGCAGGCAGCUGACUGACCACGUGACUUUGCGGAAGUGAGAGUAGUAACAAACAUGAGCAGAUCUUGAGCCGAGUCUUGCAGGAAUGUUGCGCUGUGUUGUGUUGUUUUUUGUCUUUGGUUGUGUGAACAAAGUGUUGUGUCUUCAGGAUUCAUGCGGGGCUCAGUCAGAACCGGCCGCCCCGCAGGGAGCCGCGGGCUGCGGCUGUGAGAACCUGAAGAGAGCCGCUACUGCGGAGCCUGUGGAGGACAGGACUGCUUCUGCAGAGCCAGCUGACAAAUACUCAAGAGGCGCCAAUGAGAGGCCGCCUGAGGCUCAGGGAGAUGAGAAGAACACACAAAGUCAGAUGGUGCUGAUUGCUGGAGGAGAGUUCCUGAUGGGAACAGACGACCCAGGCAUCCCUGCAGAUGGCGAGGGCCCUCAGAGGCUGGUGCAUGUGGACUCCUUUUACAUGGACAUCCAGGAAGUCACGAACCAACAGUUCCAGAGCUUUGUCAAUGCCACAGCAUACAUUACUGAGGCAGAGAAAUUUGGAGACUCAUUUGUAUUCGAGGGAAUUUUGAGCGAGAGUGUCAAAAACCAAAUCACCCAAGCAGUGGCUGCUGCCCCCUGGUGGCUUCCAGUCAAAGGAGCCAACUGGAGGCACCCUUAUGGUCCAGACUCCAACAUCACAGACAGCCUGGACCAUCCUGUUCUACAUGUGUCUUGGGCGGAUGCUGUCGCCUACUGCUCAUGGGCCAACAAGAGACUUCCUACAGAGGCAGAAUGGGAGUAUGCCUGCAGGGGCGGCCUUAAAGACAGACUUUACCCCUGGGGAAACAAGUUGAACCCGAAAGGACAACACUACGCCAACCUCUGGCAGGGGGAUUUCCCCAACCAUAACUCUGGAGAGGAUGGAUACAUCAAAACUUCACCGGUGAUGUCCUUUCCUGCCAAUGGUUUUGGUCUGUAUGACAUGGCGGGGAAUGCAUGGGAAUGGACCUCAGACUGGUGGACUGUGCAUCACACCACAGACCAGCAACACAACCCAACAGGUCCUGCAUCAGGCACAGACAAGGUGAAGAAGGGAGGGUCAUACAUGUGCCACAAGUCUUACUGUUACAGAUACCGAUGUGCAGCCCGAAGCCAGAACACUCCAGACAGCUCAGCCUCUAAUCUUGGUUUUCGCUGUGUCUCUCAGGAGCAACGGUGACCUGACCUGCUUGUCUUAAACACACAAUUAUUUCUACCAGCUCCUCAGUGUUGAUUGCAGAGUAAACCAAUGAAAGGAAUUUAACAUAGACUUUCUUAUGUGCCAUCUCAUUAGCGUGCAAAGAUGGUGUCAAAAAAGGGCCUCAAACUGUUUGAGAAUAUCUCACCUUCCAGCAGAUAUUCUCAGAAAUGUAAAAUGUUAUAACUAUAUUUUUUAAAUGUUUUUUCAUAAGAAAUGAAGAGAAAACAUUGUUUUUGAGAGCACUGAAUAACUCAAGUCAUUGUUAAUGCUUGGGUCAAAGACAUUUUCAGUGGCAAAGAUCAGUGUGGUCUUGUAAAUAAAUAUAAAAAAAAACUUCUUUGCACACAGGUUGUCAAUAUCAGCAAACAGCUGGCUAAGAUACAGACUGAAAGUGUAUGUAAACUAUACAGUCGAUGUAUAAUGACACUGGAAUUGCUGUAAAAUGACUGUAAAGUAUUGGGUAGCACUUUAAUUACAGCUCUGUAAUAACAUAGUAAUAGUGGGGUAAUAGUUGAUAAUAAAGAGGUAAUAAUAAAGUGCUACAUGUAAUAACCAGGUAAUAGCUUGGUAUUAACAAUGUUCAUGUAUAUCUGGGUAAUAUUAGACUGAAAUGUAUGUAACAGGGUAAUAAGGGGCCAAAACAAAGGGUACUAAUGGGGAAACACAUUUGAAGAUAGCAAUGAGGCAAAACUAUUUAGUAAUAGUAUAGUAAUAUUUUGGUAACAAUAUGAAAACCUAACAAUAAAAUGGUUAUCAGUGCAAAAUUUGGAUUAAAAAAUGGAAAUAUGGUGACAUGGGGUAUUAACCCGAUGAUAAUAAUGAGGUAAUAUGUUGAUGUUUUCACAAUAUUAUAGGCUGCUAUCAGCGUAAUACCUUCAAAAUUACAUGAAAAUUCUUGGAAGUCAAAAUUGGUAAUUGCCAUAUUAUAAUGCUGAAAUUCAUCGUCCCUUAUGUUCCAAACAUUCCCUUUUGUUUCAAGGUAAUACUAUACAAAUGAUAUGUUUAAUGCUGUGACUUGUUACCUGGAAACACUUAUGGUAGUUUCUGUGUAAUAACCAGAUAGUAGGGCUGCAAAAUGCUAAACUACCUGUUUCCAUUUAAUUUCAUGGUAAAGAGGCAUAAUGAUUACUUAUAUUACGAUGAUAGUAGCCUAUAAUAUUGUGAAAAACUCAAACUUUAUUACCUCAUUAUUAUCAGGUUAUUAAUGUCACCAUAAUUACCAUUUUUUUAUCCAAAUAGUGCACUGAUAUAACCAUUUUAUAUAUAACUAUUUUAUUAUAUUACUAUACUAUUACUAAAUAGUUUUGCCUCAUUGCUACCUUCAAAUGUGUUUCCCCUUUAUUACCCUUUGUUUUUGGGCCCCUUAUUACCUUGUUACAUAAAUUUCAGUCUAAUAUUACCCAGCUAUACUCAUUGUUAAUACCAAGCUAUUACCUGGUUAUUAUACUUUGGUCAUUACAUGGUAUCACUUAAUUAUUACCUCUUUAUUAGCAGACUAUUACCCCACUAUUACCAUCUUAUUACCAAGCUGUAAUGUAAAGUGCUAAGUAUUGAAAUAUAAUUUUUGCAAACAGUGAUAAAUCUGUCAAAUGGGAUCCUAAACAAUCCCAUUUGUCUUUCUCUUUGAAUUUCUUAAUUUGCAAUAAUAAAAAACUAACCAAAUGA